UGAUAGAUUUGUUCGCUCCAAAGGUCCAAGUGUUUUUCGGGCCUGGAUUGCAGACGCUAGGAAAGACAUUACAAAUCAGGACAAUGAAGACCUUUUGCUCAAAAUGAUCAGAAUCCUCAAGGCAUUACCAUUUGACGUAGAACGUCUGACGGCUUCAAAUCUUGGACGGGCAAUUAAGUUGCUCGCUAGCGAUAAGGAAGCCAGUUCACGUAUCACCUCGACAGCGACAGAGCUCAAGGAGCAGUGGCAUAAGCUGAUCGAUGAGGCCAACAUUGGAUCAUCACCAUCGAGAUCUGAGGAUCAAUCAGAGAAUGCCAGAAAGAAGGCUAGACAGGACAGCCAUCCGCUUUCCUCUGGGUUUGGACAGGAUAUAUCACAACUUCCCAAAUUCAACAAGGCCAAAUCUGCUUCUCUUCCUUCGCCCAAGAGCAGUGCAGCAAAGCCCAUGCCGCGUAGUAACCCCGACUUUUUCAAAGAGAUUGCAGCAAGUCGUCCUGCGUCCAAACCCGUGAAGACGACAGCCCGUAGGGCUCGUAUUAGCAUGGAAGACAGUCAGCCUGAUAAUAGUGCCUCUUUCACCUCUACUGCACCUCAAAACAAUAACAAUGCGGGAUCCGCCUCGCUUCCAUCCACGUCAGCACCACAACCACCGCCUGCACCUUUCAUCGGGAUUGCGAAUAGCUCAGCUAAGACACCUCCUCUGUCCACUCGACCUGCCCCAGAUCCCGUUUCUUCAGCCAAGACAACCGACUUUGACCCACAGUCUGCUCAGCAUGAGAAGGCAUGGGAGGCGGCCCGAAAUUUGAAGAAGAAAAAGACAGUUCGAUUCAAUGAUAACGAACUUGAGCAGGUCAGGAUUUUUUAUCCGCCCGAGGCCAUGUCUGAUGAGGAUGACUAUAGGGACAUGGAUCAUCCAAUGGACGAGGAGGAUGAGUCGACGCACUAUUCCCGGUAUGCCUCGUCGCCCCCGCCACCAUCUCCUACACUGCCUUCGCCAACUAGGGAACAUGGAUCCGGUUACUUUCCGAUGCCAUUUUCAUCGCCGACAGCAUCUUAUGGCCUACCGCGUCCGGUAUUCCUGAUCCCAGAGUCAGAACAACCUGAUUUUGUGAGGGGCGUUUACUUUACCCCUCCGCGACCUUUGAUCCUCAAGGCAGAGGCAAAGGGCGAAGAUAGCGAGGAAAAGAUUGUGCAAGAGAGACGCGAGAGCCAGAUUCCUGCUGUGAGGUACGAGACACUGGCCGAGAUCCCGUCCUCGCCUGCAGAGCCUGACGAAGACCCUGCCAGGGAGCACGAAUCGCCAAGACGCAUAAGUCUUUUUGAGGCAAGUGAAUACUUUAGCGAUCAAAGUCGAUUCCUGGAGUUCAAAAUGAUUUACAUCCCCCAAUGGAUUGCUAAGUGGUCUAUUUCUUUGCGUCGCCUUCAUCUAGGGAGGCGUCGAUCGUGGCAAGGCAUUGAUAGACACAUUGACAAUGGUGUAUCAAUCGCUCGUCAGCCGGAGCGCAGGACUGUAGACGGCUCUUGGGUUCUUUGUCGAGAGCGAUAUGCUCCUUGUACUUCUCUCGCUUCUUUACUUUUAUCACCAAUCAUUUUCUUCUUAUCUGCUUCUGUACCAUAACUGUAAAUUAGUUGCUGUUUGCUUCCCACUUCACGUGUAAUAAUAACAAGAACGAGAGCA